AUAACUAUCAUAUUUACCGCCUUGAUCGGCUUACAAUCUGCAAUAUUUGUAUGCACAUUUUGGCGUUAUACUGUGUUGAUAUCACCACACAGACUCAUCGGGAUAAUAACUAUCGACGUAACACAUUUUGCCAGGGUCAAUAAUGAACUAUUCGUAGGAGUUGUCAAACCCUUUUCUUCACGGCUUUACACGGAGUGUUUGUUGACGGGUGUCGGGUCAAAUUUGAGAUCCCGAGAUUUCAGUACGGCGCCAGUUACUCUCGGUGUUUAGUUUACUCGACUGAACGUCCGAUCCAAAAUGGAUGACAUAUUCUCCCAAGUUCGCGAGGGACAUACCACCCAUGUCCGACUUUGGCUGGAUAACAUCGAAAACGAUCUAAAUCAAGGAGAUGACCAUGGCUUCAGUUUGUUACAUUGGGCAUCCAUGGAAGGUAGAACUAGUAUAGUGGAUAUGUUAAUACAACGCGGUGCUAAGAUUAACAUCACUAAUAUGGGAGAUGAUACUGCUCUACAUUUAGCUGCAAGUCAUGGAUUCAGGGAUAUUCUACUGAAGUUGUUGCACAACAAGGCCGCUAUCAAUGCUUUGAAUGAACAUGGUAAUACGCCGCUACAUUAUGCAUGUUUCUGGGCACAUGAUCAUAUUGCUGAAGUGAACAAUUUUCAGUUGCCUUACUAUAAUGAAGUUUCCAAAUGUCAUUUCAGUUUCGUUAUUGAUACUCUAGCCUCUGAUAAUAUAUGCGUUGCUGUAGAGAGUAUCGUAGUUGACAUGUCCCAAGCCAUCAACUUUGCCAUUCAUAUCGCCCGUGGUAUGCAGUUCUUACACACAUUAGAACCUAUGAUACCCAGAUUACAUCUCAGUAGUAAAAUUAUUAUGAUUGAUGAAGAUCUGACUGCCAAAAUAAACAUGGCUGAUUAUAAAUUCUCAUUUCAAAAUCGUGGUAAACUCUAUAGUACAGCAUGGGUGGCACCGGAAGCAUUACAGAGAUGUCCGGAAGAGAUGAAUGUCCGUGCGGCUGAUAUGUGGAGUUUCGCUGUGUUGCUGUGGGAGUUAUCAACACGAGAGGUUCCAUUUGCUGGUAUGUCUAAUAUGGAAAUAGGAAUGAAGGUUGUGUGCGAAGGUUUGAGAGUUGUGAUUCCUCCCGGCGUCUCGCCACAUAUUUCCAAACUGAUGAGAAUAUGUAUGAAUGAAGACCCAGCUAAGAGGCCUCGAUUUGAUAUGAUACUCCCUAUCUUAGAGAAAAUGAAAAUUAAUUCUUAAAGUGUUCACUGUAUGACCAUUAUUGUGUCUUCUUAAAUUAUGUGUAGGGUAGGAUGUUAAUAUUUCUACAUGUGGGUCAAAGAUACAUAUGUUAGAGACUGAAUACUCAGUCUUGUGUCAGGUGAUGAUCUAGACAUACACCCACUUAUGCUCAUGCGUUAGUCAGAUUUGCAGCAUAAUUUUAAAUAAUUUAAAAUAGUUCAGUUUAGGGCGAUACUUAGUGUCAAAAAUUGGAUUUGUCUCUGCAUAUUGUACUUAAAACAUUGUGUACUCUCCAACAUGCCUAAAUUUCAAAAAAAUAGAGACUAUAUUCAUAACUUCUA